AUGGACGGCUACGACGCCGACCCUCGGUCAGACCCUGCUGGUAGCCGAUGGGGCCACCUCCCGUUCGUGUUCCUCGGCGGAACCUCACCUCGAAAGCAGCCUCCCAGUACCCGCUUUGGAGGAGGCGGCGACGGGCGGGAGGGUCCGCGCCACAUCGAGAAAGUCGCCGGAGGCGACCGAGUGCCACGCGGCCAUCGUGGUCGCGCCUCUGCCUCAGCCGUCGACGGUGGAGGAAGGGCCCGGCGUCGCCGCCGUCGCGGGGCAGUCCCACAGGUGGACGACGACAUCGUCAACCCGAUGCAUGCUACCCCCGUGGGUCACAUCCCGGGACACCCGGAGUGGAAGAAGCUCAAGGACGGGUGGCCUCCGUACUUGGACGAUUUGGACCGGAUGUUCGCCGGCAACGCUGUUGAUGGCUCAACGUCGUUCUGUCCUUCCCAAAGCAAUACAGUUGACGGUGAAAGUUCGGAUGACGACUCCAAUGAUGAGCACGACGACCAACUUACGCCGCUUAGUGUCGGUACUAAGAGGGCAAGCAGCACCAGCACAACUGCCUCCAGCCCGAGCAAGCGGUCCAAGAGCCCCGCUGUCAGGACCAUGGAUGCUCACAUGAAGGAACACAAUGAGAUUUCAAGGCAGAGGCUUGAGAGGAUGACAACAAUGUGGCAAGAGAGGAACCAAAAAAUUGAGGACAACAGCAAGGCGCUGGAGAGGAAGGUGGAACUAGUGCUACAAUUGGCAAGACAGUGUGGUGCAACUGAAGAGACCCCAGCUGAGUGGAUGGCCGUGCUCAAGAUCGUGCAGAAUUGUUAUGAGAAUGAUUUGGACGAGUUCAUCAGUGACUGGAUGGAGGCGGAGGAUGAUGACGAUGCUUUCCUGUACGGUAUGUACCAGUACGCCUACCACAUUGACAAGCACUUGUCAAGGUUCUGCUUGCCUACAUCUGCCAGCAACCACAGCUUGGGUACAAUGAGCACCGCAAGAGUUCAGGGAAGAUUAGAUUACCUUAAUUCACAGGAGCCUGGUGAUGAAUCACAGGCUACUGCUAUUGAUAUUGUGGAAAGGCUGCUGGUAGAAGAUGACAUAGGAACUUCUCAGAAAAUGAGUGCUGAGCCAAUGAGUGGAACAAAGUCAGCUUCUAUAUUAGGCACAAAAGUAGCCCAGUGCCUGGCCAAAAGGGGUGAUUGCCGUAGCCCACUCCAAAAGACAGAUAUUUUUGACUGGGCUGAUGCUUCCAGUAAUGAUGAAUGCACAGCCAUUAUGAUUUCCAGGAAAAAACAAAGGAUCCAUGCUAAUACUCAAGCGAAGAAUUUGACCUCCCAGAGAUAUGGUGGCAGUGGAUCAACUACCAUUGUUGGUUCCAUACUAGAAUGUAAUGGUGGUGACUCAGGCUUGAGUUCUUUUAAGAAGCCAGAGCCUCUUGGUUCUACUGAUGAUUUAUAUGAUGCAUAUGAUAUUGGGCCAUGUACUGAGAUGGCAGCUGAAGCCAUGGAAGCAUUGUCCAAUGCAUCAACUGUCAAUCAUGUAGUCAGGGAGAAUGCACAUCCUGAAAGCUCAGUUCUUAGAACAAACUUGGGAAAAGAAAGCAAAGCCAAUAAGAUAUGUUCUGAACCGCCAAUUCAAAAGCGAAUUGGUGGAAGUUCAAGGUCUGUGAAAAAGAAUCCCAGCAAGUCAAAAGACAAGAAAGGUCCAAAACAGAUGGCAGGGAAAGCAAAAGGAAGCAUGGGCGGUAUCACUAUAGAGGGAGAUACAAAUCGUGAGGUGUCAGAAGGAAUCAAGGGAUCUGGUCCAAGUGAUUCAAAUAUUGUCGGCUCUGAUGCUGUAAUCCACCCUAAAAGGAAGAGGACCUACACGUUUAUCUCAAGAAGCUCGAAAGUUCAAUUCAAUAAAGCUGGGAGCUCAACUACACUUAGUUCCAAAAGUACAGGAGUAGCUGACUCAUCAACAACAAAUCAAACAAGCAGGCAAAGAAGAAACAUGUCCAAAGUCCAUGUUCUGUUGAGCCAAAGCAUGGAUAAGGAAACCAUCAAAAUGCAAACAAAGAUAUUGAUAUACUUUGGACUACCAGUGGCGACAACUAUUUCAGAAGCUACACACUUUGUUGCUGAAAAGUUUGCCCGUACAAGGAACAUGCUUGAAGCAAUAGCUAUGGGAAUACCUGUAGUCACGCCAUCAUGGCUUCAAUGCUGUAGUGAAGCAAGGUGCUUCAUUGAUGAGAAGAAAUACAUUAUGAGAGAUAUGAAGAAGGAAAAGGAGCUAGGCUUUAGCAUGCAUGUCUCACUUAGCAGAGCCUGCAAAAAACCAUUGCUUCAGGGUAGAAGAGUAUUAAUCACACCAAACGCCAAGCCUAGCAAGGAGCUUCUGAAAAAUUUAGUAGUUGCAGCUCAUGGUCAGGUCUGGAAGUUUUUUGACUCGGAGCUUCUUCUGAAUGGUAUUGUCACUCAGAGGCUAGAGUUCGCCAGGUAUAGCCUCUUUCCAUGA